AUGAAUCUGUUGAUUCAUAAAAUCAAGUCUGGAUUCUGGAUUUUCGAUAACCCGAUUGAUUGCCGUACUACCGAGGAUCCAUUCUGUGAUCCUUUUGCCGAACCUGCUAACAACAAAAACCGAAACGACGGAUUGCCGACGUUGAGCUUCUAG